AUGAACAAAAACAUUCAGUACUGGGUGGAUUAUCUGCGCCUUCAGCCCCAUCCCGAAGGAGGCUUUUUCGCGGAGGUGCUGCGCUCAAAUGAGGUGAUGAAAACCAACAGAGGAGACCGCAGCUACUAUACCAGCAUUUACUUCCUGCUAACACACGAAAACCCCUCGCGCUUCCAUCGCAUCAAGUCGGAUGAGGUGUGGUACUACCAUGCGGGGGCACCGCUUACCGUGCACAUUCUUCACCCCAGCGGCACUCACGAGAUAAUUAAUGUCGGCCCGAACGUUGAAAAGGGUGAGGUGCUGCAGGCUGUCGUGCCAAAAGGCGUCAUAUUUGGCUCCAGCGUUGAGGUGCCGGGUGCCUUUGCCGUCGUGGGAUGCAUGUGCUCCCCGGGCUUUGACUACGCCGACUUUGAGCUUUUUACAAAAGACCACCUCACGUCACUCUACCCACAGCAAAAGGAAAUUAUUGACCGGCUCGCCUACGACACACUGACCGUGUAA